UUGGGAAGCCACACAGCAGCAACCCACAUUAACAUUAAUUUCUCAGAAGCCUUUGUGUUAUCAAAAUGGGUGUUUUUACUCAGGAAUUUUAUACUCCUGCUGCUGUUCCUCCUGCAAGGCUUUUCAAAGCCAUGGCAUCAGAUUUCCAUAACCUCUUCCCAAAGAUUGUGGAUUCCAUCCAAAGUGUUGUAUUCAUAGAGGGAACUGGUGCUCCUGGCACCAUCAAGAAGAUGACCACCGUUGACGGUGAGAUGCUGCACAGAGUUGAUGCAAUUGAUGAGGCAAGUUUUGUAUACAACUUCAGCAUAAUUGAGGGCACAGGGUUACCUGAGAAAUUGGAGAAGGUGUCAUUUGAGAGCCAAGUGGUGGAAGGGCCAAAUGGAGGAUGCAUUAGGAAGGCACAUGCCAAACUUUACACCAAAGGCGAUGCUACCCUUAGUGAGGACGACCUUAAGGCUAACCAAGCCAAGGUUGAAGGCAUCGUAAAGCUUGUUGAAAGUUACCUUCUGGCAAAUCCUCAUUACUAAACCACCUCUUUCUACUCAAUAAUCAACUACUUGCCUUUGCCAAAUAAUUAAUAAGCCUUCAUGGGUUGCCACAGUAAGCCUUUCUUUUAUCAUAUCUUCUAAAUUUUUCUUUGUUAAGACUUGAGCCAUUAAUCAGCCAUAUAUUAGUUGUGCUUGCUUCAGUUUUUUCUUCUUCUAAUGCAUAUGUACUUUGCAUUUGCUUAAAAUUGAUGUGUUGCGCUUUCA